UCGCGAGGCCGCGGUAUGGGGCGGGUGCAGCUCUUCGAGAUCCGUCUGAGCCACGGCCGCGUCGUCUACAGCCCGGGCGAACCGCUGUCCGGUGCGGUGUACGUGCGCCUGGGAGCGCCGCUGCCCUUCCGAGCUAUCCGGGUGACCUGCACAGGAUCCUGUGGGGUCUCCAACAAGGCCAAUUAUGGGGCAUGGGUGGUGGAGGAGAGCUACUUCAACAGCUCCCUGUCACUGGCUGACAAGGGGAGUCUGCCAGCUGGAGAACACAACUUUCCCUUCCAGUUCCUGCUUCCUGCCACAGCACCUACAUCCUUCGAGGGACCUUUUGGGAAGAUUGUGCACCAGGUGCAGGCAACCAUCGACACCCCGCGUUUUUCCAAGGAUCAUAAGUGCAGCCUUGUGUUCUAUAUUCUGAGCCCCCUGAACCUGAAUAGCAUCCCAGACAUUGAGCAACCCAACGUGGCCUCUGCCACCAAGAAGUUCUCCUACAAGCUGGUGAAGACGGGCAGUGUGGUCCUCACGGCUAGCACCGACCUCCGUGGCUAUGUGGUGGGGCAAGUUCUGAGGCUGCAGGCUGACAUCGACAAUCAGUCAGGCAAGGACACCAGCCCCGUGGUGGCGAGCCUGCUGCAGAAAGUGUCGUACAAGGCCAAGCGCUGGAUCUAUGAUGUGCGCACCAUUGCAGAAGUGGAGGGCGCGGGUGUCAAGGCCUGGAAGCGCGCUCAGUGGCAAGAGCAGAUCCUGGUGCCUGCCCUGCCCCAGUCAGCCCUGCCUGGCUGCAGCCUCAUCCACAUCGACUAUUACCUGCAGGUCUCCAUGAAGGCACCUGAAGCCACCGUGACCCUCCCACUGUUCGUUGGCAAUAUUGCUGUGAACCAUGCCCCACUGAGCCCCUGUCUAGGCCCAGGGUCUCCUUUUGCGGCCUUGCCCCCCGUGGUACCUUCUGCGCCACCCCAGGAAGAGGCUAUGGCUAGUGGUCCCCACUUCUCCGACCCGGUCUCCCUCUCUACCAAGAGCCACUCCCAGCAACAGCUACCAUCUGCCACCUUGGGCUCAACGCCUGUCGCCACAGAGUCAUGUGCUCAGGACAGCAGCUCGGCCCCAGACUCUCUGCACCCUCCCUUGUGUGUCUCUAUAGGUGCCACUGUCCCCUACUUUUCAGAGGGCUCCGGGGGUCCAGUGCCCACCACUAGCGCCUUGAUUCUCCCCCCAGAGUAUAGUUCAUGGGGCUACCCCUAUGAUCCUGCUCUCUCCCUGCAGAGGCCCCGCCAUCCUAUGAGCAGAGCUGCAGUGGUACUGACCCUGGCCUGACCCCUGGGAGCUGACCCUGGAAUGCUAACCCUCUGCUGCCUUCUCCGGCUGGCCUGGUUUCUGCCCUGGGAUGGGGUACCCAGGACCUUGUGCCUUUGCUCUCUGCCCAGCCCAGCCACUCAGGACCUGCGGCUGCCUACCUCUUGCAGACCAGACUCUGCCUGGCUCCCCUUGAAGUCAGUCAGCCCUUUUCUCCUGGGGCUGGGGUGGGGCGGCUGGAAACUUAAGACCUGGAGAAACUGUAAAUAAAAGCGCUUUAUUUGUA